UUAAUCUUAAAACCAUGAACUUUUCUAAAGUAUUCGUUUUUGCUUUGAUUGUAUUAAUGGCAAUGUUUGGACAAUCACAAGCUAGUUGGUGGAAGAAAACCUUUAAACCAGUUGAAAAAUUGGGGCAAAGGGUACGUGAUGCAAGUAUUCAAACAAUUGGGAUUGCACAGCAAGCUGCUAAUGUAGCAGCUACAGCUCGAGGUUAAUACGAUAGGAAUAUCAGUCAGAAUUUUGGAACAGACAGCAGUAUUUUAG